CUGUACGCUCCUGGAUGUCGCUGGAGAAGACAGAAUCAGCUGGCGAGAUUGAAAGCCCUGCUCUAGACUCCAAUGGCAGAAUUUCCUACGGAGAUCGCUGCUGACUGAACUCCUUCUCCUCCUCCUCCUCCUCCUCCUCUUCCCCCGGAGCUUUACGUCCUUCCCCUUCUGCUCAGAUUUCAUCCACAACCGGAGAAGCAGACUUUCACUGACGUUUUCUCUGUCGACAGCUUGUUCCUGUCAAAACCAUCUCCACUAAUUUCUAAUAAUGGCUGCGGAUGUUUAUAAGAAGAAGGAUGUGCCGAAUGAGUCCUUGGCCCCGACUGAUGGUCAACAGUCUGAGAGGUCAGAGAGUCCAACCCCAGGAUUGACCGAGGGAACAGAACCAGGGGCAGGCCAAGAGGGAGCCAUAUUUGUUCACACUAAGUCAUAUGAGGACCUAACCAGUACAGACAAUACAGAAUUGGCACCCAAGAGCCCAGGCGAGAGGGAAGAAUCUCAAGGUGAUGAGCUCAAGAUGGAAGAGAUCAGCAAAGAUUUCAGUGAACUAAGCACACAACUUACUGGUAUAGCCCUGGACCUGGAAGAAGAGAUAAGGCAGGACAGUGAGGGCAAUUUGGAACUCUCGCCACAAGCUUCACGUCGAGGUUCAGUCCUAUCAGGGAAAGAAGAAGAAGAUAUAACCAUGGAGGCCUGGCGCAUGCAUCAGAAGCACAUCUUUGUUCUAAGUGAGGCAGGCAAGCCCAUAUACUCACGAUAUGGGUGUGAAGAGGCUUUGUCUACUACCAUGGGAGUAAUGAUGGCUUUGGUCUCCUUUGUAGAAGCAGAGAAGAAUGCCAUCAGAUCAAUUCAUGCAGAUGGAUACAAGGUGGUCUUUGUGCGCAAGAGUCCCCUGGUGCUUGUUGCAGUGGCUCAGACUCGACAGUCAGAGCAAGAAAUUGCUCAAGAACUCCUUUAUAUCUAUUACCAGAUAGUCAGUCUCUUGACACUGACUCAGCUUAACCGGAUAUUCCAACAGAAGCAGAACUAUGACCUCAGGAGACUGUUAGCAGGCUCUGAGCGUAUAACUGACAACUUGGUAGACCUGAUGGCUAGAGACCCCAGUUUUCUCAUGGGGGCAGCCCGUUGCCUGCCUAUGGCUGCUGGAGUCAGGGAUGUGGUGAGUGCUUGCCUUCAGCAAGCCAAAGCUAAAAGCCUGGUAUUUGCCCUGUUAUUGUCAAAAAACCAAUUGGUAUCACUUGUGAGGAAAAGGGACCAAUUCCUUCAUCCAAUUGAUCUCCAUUUACUCUUUAAUCUCAUUAGCUCCUCCUCCUCAUUUAGAGAAGGAGAAGCUUGGACUCCAAUAUGCCUUCCCAAGUUCAAUUCCAAUGGUUUUUUCCAUGCUCACAUUUCUUAUUUGGAACCAAACGUUGACUUGUGCCUUGUCCUGAUUUCUACCGAUCGUGAGGACUUCUUUACUGUAUCUCACUGCAAGCAAAAGUUCCAAGAACGCCUAAAGAAGCGUAGUGUUCAUUAUGCUCUCUUGGAAGCAUUACGUACUCCUUUCUACAGUGUCUCCCAGGUGGGAAUUCCAGACCUUCGACAUUUCAUCUACAAAUCUAAGAGUUCAGGACUUUUUACCAGCCCAGAGAUUGAAGCUCCCUAUAUCACUGAAGAAGAAAAGGAAAGACUCCUGGAAUUGUAUCAAUUCUUGCAUAGCCGAGCUCACAACUCCUCCCGUCCUCUAAAUAACAUCUAUUAUACUGGAUCCAAUGAAAAUCUCCUAGCCUGGGUGACCAGUGCUUUUGAACUCUACGUAUGCUUCAGCCCCUUGGGUACCAAAGCAGCAGCUGUCAGCGCUGUCAACAAGCUGAUGAAGUGGAUCCGUAAAGAGGAGGACCGUCUCUUUAUAUUGACACCCCAGACUUACUGACUGUUGUGACGUGGGCUGCCUGCCUUGUUCUGAACACUCCAAAACAUCUUCCUGUGUCUGGUGGGACUAGACAUAGU